AUGAAGCACCUCGCACGCACCCCGGCUCUUCGAUCUCGGGUGUACUACCUCACGGCCGAAGGGAUGUACUUCAAGAUCACGGUGACUCUCUGUGCCUCAAGGGUGGAGAGGUGGAUCCGUGCCGUCAAGACGGAUUUUCUCAACGCCGCACAAAUCAAGUGCGUCGUCUUGGACUGCGAGUUCACCAACCCUCGCGAGGGUAAUCAGCGCGCAGCCAUCCUUCAACUCUCGGUGGCGACCGAGAAUUUGGUCUUCCAAAUUUGUUCGGCUGAUGAAGUGCCACAAGUUCUCAAGGAUUUCUUGCAGGACAAGACCAUCAGAUUCUGCGGCACGGCUAUCGGCAAAGAUGUGGAAAUGCUGAGUUCCUACGGAAUUGAUAUUACUUCUGCGUUCGACCUACAAAAGAUACUCCCGAACCCCACCAAAAAUCUCAUUCCGAGUCUGUAUGAUCUGACAAAUUCUACUAUUGGGACAAAACUUGAGAAGAAGAAGAGGACGAGGGACAAGAAGAAGAACGACACGGAAGAAGAAGAACUGAUUUUUGGAUGGACCAAUGUUCCAUUGAGUUACGAGCAAGUGCACUAUGCCACUCUAGACGCUCGCCUAGGAUUCGAGAUGGCUAGGAGGUAUUGGAGACUAGUUGGCUACAAUAACCAUGUUGAUCAUCUCAAUGUUUAA